GUCUCCUUUCCUGAUAGGCUUCCUGUGUAAAUAAAGGUCAAGAAAACUUACUAUUGUUUUAAGUCGAGUGUUAUUUGUCACGUGCAGAAUACAACGGGUGUAGACAUGACAGAGAAAUUCUUGCUUUACAAGCCCUUAACCAACGAUGCCGAGUUAGAUUUGAAUUCAAAUAGGAACACGAAGAAUAAAAUACACAAGAAUGGAGCUUCAUAAAGGGACUACCAGAUCAAUGUGGAGCUAAAUACAGGGACUACCAGAUCAAUGUGGAGCUAUAUAUACAGGGACUACCAGAUCAAUGUGGAGCUAUAUAUACAGGGACUACCAGAUCAAUGUGGAGCUAUAUAUACAGGGACUUCCAGAUCAAUGUGGAGCUAUAUACAGGGACUACCAGAUCAAUGUGGAGCUUCAUACAGGGACUACCAGAUCAAUGUGGAGCUAUAUACAGGGACUUCCAGAUCAAUGUGGAGCUAUAUACAGGGACUACCAGAUCAAUGUGGAGCUAUAUACAGGGACUACCAGAUCAAUGUGGAGCUUUAUACAGGGACUACCAGAUCAAUGUGGAGCUAUAUACAGGGACUACCAGAUCAAUGUGGAGCUAUAUAUACAGGGACUACCAGAUCAAUGUGGAGCUAUAUAUACAGGGACUACCAGAUCAAUGUGGAGCUAUAUACAGGGACUACCAGAUCAAUGUGGAGCUAUAUAUACAGGGACUACCAGAUCAAUGUGGAGCUAUAUACAGGGACUACCAGAUCAAUGUGGAGCUAUAUAUACAGGGACUUCCAGAUCAAUGUGGAGCUAUAUACAGGGACUACCAGAUCAAUGUGGAGCUAUAUACAGGGACUACCAGAUCAAUGUGGAGCUAUAUAUACAGGGACUACCAGAUCAAUGUGGAGCUAUAUACAGGGACUACCAGAUCAAUGUGGAGCUAUAUAUACAGGGACUACCAGAUCAAUGUGGAGCUAUAUAUACAGGGACUACCAGAUCAAUGUGGAGCUUCAUACAGGGACUACCAGAUCAAUGUGGAGCUUCAUACAGGGACUACCAGAUCAAUGUGGAGCUAUAUAUACAGGGACUACCAGAUCAAUGUGGAGCUAUAUAUACAGGGACUACCAGAUCAAUGUGGAGCUAUAUACAGGGACUACCAGAUCAAUGUGGAGCUAUAUAUACAGGGACUACCAGAUCAAUGUGGAGCUAUAUACAGGGACUACCAGAUCAAUGUGGAGCUAUAUAUACAGGGACUUCCAGAUCAAUGUGGAGCUAUAUACAGGGACUACCAGAUCAAUGUGGAGCUAUAUACAGGGACUACCAGAUCAAUGUGGAGCUAUAUAUACAGGGACUACCAGAUCAAUGUGGAGCUAUAUACAGGGACUACCAGAUCAAUGUGGAGCUAUAUAUACAGGGACUACCAGAUCAAUGUGGAGCUAUAUAUACAGGGACUACCAGAUCAAUGUGGAGCUAUAUACAGGGACUACCAGAUCAAUGUGGAGCUAUAUAUACAGGGACUACCAGAUCAAUGUGGAGCUAUAUAUACAGGUAGUACUAGAUCAAUGUGGAGCUAUAUACAGGGACUACCAGAUCAAUGUGGAGCUAUAUACAGGGACUACCAGAUCAAUGUGGAGCUAUAUACAGGGACUACCAGAUCAAUGUGGAGCUAUAUAUACAGGGACUACCAGAUCAAUGUGGAGCUAUAUAUACAGGGACUACCAGAUCAAUGUGGAGCUAUAUAUACAGGGACUACCAGAUCAAUGUGGAGCUAUAUAUACAGGGACUACCAGAUCAAUGUGGAGCUAUAUAUACAGGGACUACCGGAUCAAUGUGGAGCUAUAUAUACAGGGACUACCGGAUCAAUGUGGAGCUAUAUAUACAGGGACUACCGGAUCAAUGUGGAGCUAUAUAUACAGGGACUACCUGAUCAAUGUUGAGCUAUAUACAGGGUAUUUGCGGUAGAUAUAUACAUGAAGGCAGGGUAAAGUGACUAGGCAUCAGGAUAGAUAAUAAUAAGGUAUUUGAGGUAGAUAUGUACAUGAAGGCAGGGUAAAGUGACUAUGCAUCAGGAUAGAUAAUAAUAAGGUAUUUGAGGUAGAUAUGUACAUGAAGGCAGGGUAAAGUGACUUGGCAUCAGGAAUGCGUGUAUGAAUGUGCGCGUUUGACUGAUGGCUUGUGUUUCUUGUGCC